GAAAGUGACAACACCAUGCCUUCCGCAGAUCCCGAAGCCAAAAGACGCGCAGCACGCGACACGGUUGACAUUCUCUUCGAAAUCUCAACCAUUUUGAACUGCAACCUCGAUCGACAGUCACUAUCGUACUGCAUUUCUCUGAUUGAGAAUGGAGUUAAUCCUGAAGCUCUUGCGAAAGUAAUCAAGGAGUUGCGAGCGGAGAAUGAGAAGUUGGGAUUGAGUAAUGUCGCUCCUCCUGCUUCGAGUUCGUAAUGGCUUUGUGGCGAUCGGGGAUGAGAGACAUGGGCGUGCACGCCUGGUCUUGCUGUAUGCAAGUGGCGAGAGGAAGUUUGAUACCCAUUAAGGGUUUCUGAAAGCAAAUGGGAGUUUGCAGGAAGCGAGAGACGGAACAAGUCAUCAUGGGUUACUUGGUCGAGUACAGUGUAAAAGAACGAGGCGACUCCCACGUUCGGAGUUAUACUGUUCUGGGGCGUUUUCUGCUAUGAUGCACGACUACACACGCUGACUUCAUCGCAAAUGAUGUUUUGAGACAAGGUGAAAAGUUUGAAUGGGGAGGAAAUCAGAGUCAUCGCGUUGAUAGCG